AUGGCUACUGACUGGCAAUCCGGGUGCCUCGUGCCUCAGAACCAGCCGUCCCUGGAUCCUGUGAGCGCUCAUUCAGAACGUGCUCUCCAGAAUACCUCUGGUAAUGUCCAGUCAUACUCGGACCAUCUAGCACACGAUGUUGCUGGCCGUGAUGAUCAUCUUCAACAGCUCGCAUACAAGUAUCCCCACGCUGCUCCCCCGCAGCCCUUGUCAGGACAUGGCCUGCAGCAGCACCAGCAGCAGGUAGCUGCUCGCUUGCAUCAACGCAAGCUUCGUCGGCUUCAUUCCGUCGGGCCUAACUCACAGUCUCGCCGUGCAAGGAGCAGCUACCUCAAGUCCCAGAAGUAUCUCGAAUAUCGGGCACGUCCUCGCCGUGAUACUGGCAAGGAUGGGGAGCCAGUAUGGUCUGAUGAGCUAGAGGAUGCUUUCCAGCAGGCCCUCGAAGCAAACCCUCCGAUGGGUCGGAGAAAGUGGUCGGAACGGGGCAAGUCCUAUGGAAGAAACGAACUCAUUGCCGAGUACAUCUUUAAGUUGACUGGCAAGCGGAGGACUCGCAAGCAAGUCUCUAGCCACCUGCAGGUUCUCGACUCUUUCCUUAAGGGAGAUCCUGAUUGGGAACGACUUGUCCGAGAGGCAUCAACGGAACGAUCAUCGAGUGUGCAUAGCUCAGCGCCUGCUCCCAAGUGGAGAACCUCGAUGGAACACCCUUCGGCGUCCAGCCACUAUGGAACCCAUCCCGCCUACCAUGACCACAUGAGAUCUAUGCAGCCUUACGCUGGUGACCUCCCUCCACCACACUAUACUCUCGGCUCCAACAUGCAAGGGACUCCUUCCAGCUCCGUCCAUGGCUUCAGCUUCGAUAUGUGGGUCAGUGCCCCUCAACAGGCCAACAACGUUGACAAGGCGUUGCAUGCAUACACUCGUCUCCAAGGAGAUCUCCACCAACCUGUGGCCCCUCCUAUGCCUCUUGAGCAUGUCCCCGGCUGGCGGUCAUCUUUCCCGCAGCUGGCCACCAUGGUGGAUGACAUUCACAACCCAAUCGACUGCGAUAUCAUCUUAUUAGAAGUGAGCCUCCAACUCAUGACUGACUUCCCCCCUGCGGGAUCUCGUCUUGGUAUCCAGCUUGACCUCGACUAUGGUCACCCCACUGCGGGUGACAUUUUGGGAGUUGGCCAGAUGGACAACUGGACUUGCAGUACGCACAUGUACAAUGAGGGUCAGAAGAUCCUCGAGACUUACCACGAUCUACCAAAGACCCACCCCACCAAGGUCAAGCCUCUCUUUGAAUCAUCUUGGUGGGCCAAGCUUUUCACAGACUUGACCCAAGACAAGCGCAUUGCUGAAGACUCGGGCUCCCCUCAAGACGCUCAAGACACUGAUGCCCGUACCCGUCGCUACUUCCGCUCCCUGUCUGCAGUACAGGAACUUCGAGCCACCUCCCCCAAUGCUCGCCGUCUUUCUAACCAAUACCAGAGUCACCAGGGUGACGAGAGCAAGCGCAUGGCCAUCUUGGCCUGGAAGUUCCGUCAAACCCGGCCAGGUGAAGUCGGUACUACGACAUGGAGACGACUGAUCCCUGCCCCGGACCGUACUACUACCAACAGCCCAAGACCGGCAACUGGAGUCGAUCUUCCCCCUCUCUCGUUGGACUCUAUUCUUCUCAACAAGCCCUCACACCAAAACGUCUACCAGGCUCCUCAUCCCCAGGACCUCAUCCAUCACCAGGGCCAGUCUCAAUCUCAAUGGCCCAUGUAUCAACCAUCCCACGACAAUGUGGCUAAUCUAUUUAAUUCGUCGGGCAACCUCGACUUUAUGACAUCGAUCACCAAGGCUGAAGACAGCCUGAACGACAAGACAGCCGUUACCUCCGUGCUAGACUCCUUCUCAACAAGCCUCGCACCGGAAACAGCCCCAUCAACAAGUCUGCACUCAUCCAGCAGCGCACCAGUGAUGCUAAACGUGCACGACCUUCCCCUCUCCCACCCAAGCAUGGGCUACACAAUGGGCCACGACACCUCACACUACGUGCCAUCCCAACAGCACAGCGUGAACAUGCACGACAGCAACAGCGUGCUCAACGGCUUCUUCGGAUCAAACCCGCAAUCCCUCGACGACCUGAGCCACGGCCAGCCCUCGUGGGCCACGCACUCCGCCUCUAUUCCCGGCGAUGUCGGCACAGGCAGCUAUCACCACCUUCCUUUCCAACCAGAGCACCAUGCGUCUGUCUCGCGGGAGUCGCAGCAACCUCAUCACUUCGAUCAGCUUUUGCCGUCUGAAGACUUGAUGGAUAAGCUUGUCGGGCGCAUGCCCAAUGGCUCCGGCAUGCAUGGGGCAGGCCCCGAUCAUGCGAACGGCUAUGGUGAUAAUACUACGGUGGAUACGGUAUAA